AGCUAGCGCUAGUCAGGAGACGGCCGUGUCAGACAGAAAGUAGAACGGUAGGAGUGAGUUUGGUUCGCGUUUUUUGGAGCAAAAUUUCGAGAAAUUUUGCUAGUGACCCUGAAGGUCCUGUGCGGGUGUUGCGACGUUUCAGGAAUUGGAAAGGUCCCCGAAAGUGUUCGACGGUAGACGGGCAGAACCGGUCGAGUUCAAAAGCGAAAUCAGCUUUACGCGACCGAGAGUGAAAGGUGUGCGGAAAUUUUUCUUCUUUGUGGAGUGCGAAAUUGGUGCCAGAUCGAAGCAACCUGUGCAAGGUUUCUGUGGGGAUAAAAUAGGCCCAAAAAUAGCGACAAAAUGCUAGCGAGACAAGUUAUAGCAAGUGGCGCAUCAACGGCGCUAAAGUCGAUCUCGGCCGCCACCGCGUCACCCAAGCGGUCCCUCUCGAAGGCCGCCAUCACUGCCAUUGUCCAGCAACAACAAACCCGGGACUACCAUGAAGUCACCGGGGACAUCAUCAGCCCCUCGAUGAUACAGGGCAUUGAUCACCUGCGCGAUCCUCGGCUGAACAAGGGUUUGGCCUUCACCCUGGAGGAACGGCAGACGCUGGGUAUCCACGGGUUGCAGCCGGCUCGAUUCAAAUCCCAGGAGGAACAGCUCGAGCUGUGCCGAAUCUCGAUCUCACGCUAUCAGGAGGAUCUCAACAAGUACCUGUACCUGGUCGAUCUGCAGGAUCGUAACGAGAAGCUGUUCUUCAAGCUGAUUUCCGAGGACGUCGAGAAGAUGAUGCCGAUCGUGUACACGCCGACUGUCGGGCUGGCCUGUCAGAAGUUUGGUCUGAUCUACCGACGACCCCGUGGUCUGUUCGUCACGAUCAACGAUCGUGGGUAUGUUUACGAAGUGCUUCGUAAUUGGCCGGAACACGAUGUGCGUGCUAUCGUUGUGACGGACGGCGAGCGUAUUCUCGGGUUGGGAGACUUGGGUGCUUGCGGUAUGGGUAUUCCGGUCGGAAAGCUCGCCCUGUACACUGCCUUGGCUGGAAUUCCUCCGCAUCAAUGUCUGCCAAUUGUUAUUGAUGUUGGAACAAACAACCAGGAUUUGCUGGAGGAUCCUCUGUAUGUUGGUCUACGUCACAAACGUGUUUCCGGUAAGGAGUACGACGAUUUCAUUGAUGAGUUCAUGGAAGCUGUGGUUAAGCGGUACGGUCAGAAUACGCUGAUCCAGUUCGAAGAUUUUGGCAACCACAAUGCAUUCAGAUUUUUGGAUAAAUAUCGCGAUACGUACUGUACGUUCAAUGACGAUAUCCAAGGUACGGCUUCGGUAGCGGUAGCAGGUCUAUUGGCUUCGAAGCGAAUCACCGGUAAGAAGAUUUCGGAGAAUACCUUCUGCUUCUUGGGAGCGGGUGAAGCUGCGAUCGGUAUCGCAGAUUUGGUAGUCAAGGCCAUGCAAGCGGAAGGUUGUGGAUUGCAAGAAGCUCGGGACAAGAUCUGGUUGUUCGACAUUGACGGUCUGUUGGCUAAGGGUCGUCCGGAAGGUCGCCUGGGCGGUCACAAGGCAUUCUACGCCAAGGAUCAUCGCGUAAUGAAGAACUUUGCUGAGCUCAUUAGCGAGAUCAAGCCUUCGGUUUUGAUUGGUGCCUCGGCUGCUGGAGGUGCCUUCACGCCUGAGAUUCUGCAAACCAUGGCGAAGAACAAUGCACGUCCUAUCAUUUUCGCUCUGUCGAAUCCAACGUCGAAGGCUGAAUGCACAGCACAAGCUGCCUAUGAGAAUACCGAGGGUCGUUGUAUCUUCUCGUCGGGAUCUCCGUUCCCUCCGGUAAAAUAUGGCGGCAAAACUUUCAGCCCCGGCCAGGGAAAUAACGCCUACAUCUUCCCGGGUGUUGCCUUGGGCGUGAUCGUCACCGGAACGCACCAUAUCCCGGAGGAUAUCUUCUUGAUCGCUGCCCAGGCCGUUGCCGAUCACGUUUCACAGGACGAUCUGGACAAGGGUUCGCUCUACCCACCGCUAAGCGCAAUUCGAGAAUGUUCUCUCGAGAUCGCCGUUGGAGUCACCAAGUAUGCUUACGAGAAAGGACUGGCCUCGACAUACCCCGAACCACAGGACAAGCUGGCAUACAUCAAGUCCCAUCUGUACAACUUCAACUACGAAAGUGCCAUGCCCGUGACCUGGAAGUGGCCCCCACAACAGGAAGCCCCCAAACGCCCCAUCACCCCAACGAAGCUGCAAGCUUAAACGAUCGAUGCUCGGUCUCCCAGAAGCGCAGCCAGUAUUUAUUAAACUUUAUUUUAACUCUCAUCGUCAAUUUGACCUCGUGUUUCACCAACUCAGUUUCUCUCAAUCCUUAUUUAUUACCUUAAAGUCGUUUCCCAUGCCAGGUGAAUCGACAGUCGAUUCAGGCUGUUCAAGCUCAAUGACGAAAUUUCAUCAAGUUUUUCGUUCGAAUUUCAUACACACCAAUUGUGAUACCGACGCCGAUUUACGCUAAACCCAUUAGAAUUACGAGAAAAGUUUUGUUUUCUUCUUAAGUAGACACCAGGGGCGCUCUACUGCAAAUCAGCUAAUGUUCCUCUUUGACAAGCAAAAAAAAACGAUAAAUUACAAUGUUAUUAAGUUUUUCCCUAACGUUACCCCAAAGAUCUACAAAAGUUUGAGUAACAACCCACAGCACAGUAGGCGACAAUUAGAAACUAGUUAUGAUUAGAAAGGCGCAGCUAGCUAAGCGAAACAAAAAAAAAGAAAGAUGCGCUACGUCAGCAUUGUUAUCAAAUUUUAACAACCCAGAUAAAAUGAGGGAAAAGAUGAGGGAAAAUUUCCCCCCGGAGGAAAGCCGUACUGAAUUACCAACUAAUAGGACAUUUUAAGUUUAAGGAACGCUUGAGAGCAGUUUAGGUGAAUCGAUGGAAAGAAAUGGAAAGAAGAUUAAGGAAUAUCAUUUAUCUAACCAGCGAUUUGUGACUACAAUAAAAUUGUGUUACCCUUA